AUGGGUACAUUGAUCAAGAUGCCAUCUUUACCAAAGAUAUCAAAGAACACACUAAAGAAAUGUUUGGUGAUGUUCUUGAUUGCCAAUCUAGGCUAUGGUUUACAACUUGCCUACUCAACACCUGUUGCACUCUCCAGGUCAUAUUACGAUAUAUUACAUAUUAGCGAUGUUCAGUAUGGAUAUCUGUUCUCGAUAUAUUCACUACCUAAUCUGUUUAUGAUUAUACUUGGAGGAGUACUCAUUGAUAUUAUGGGUACAGGAUUCGUAAGCGUUAUAUUUUGUGGAGUUUCCAUGUUGUCAUCAGUGCUCACUGCACUGGUAUUGCCAAACUAUGGCGGUAUAUUGGCAGGACGUUUCCUUCUUGGAAUGGGUGGCGAGACCCUAUUGGCAUGUGCCUCUACAAUGAUUCCAUUAUUCUACGCACCUAGCGAGGUGCCAAUAUGUGUUGGAUUCUUAGCAUGUUGGUUCUAUUGGGGCAAUUUAACUGCAUUGUUGUUAUUGCCAGUGAUCGAGUCCAGCUUUGGAUUCAAGAUAGCCAUCUGGUUCGUGGCCAUUGUAUUCAUUGUUGAGUUCGGUUUGAACUUAUUAUUAGUAAAGUAUAGAGAGAAGUUAAGAUGGACAGAUCAAAUAGAUAGGACAUCUAGUAUGGUAGCAUUGACAAAGAUUAAUAGUGUCAACUCUAUGAAUACUGAGGAGAAGGAUGUGGAUGAGGGAUCACCGGCAAUAUCAGUGAUCAGUGCUGAAGAGAUGACUGGACAUACACCAGAGCCAACAUCAAAGGUGGGCGAGUUCUUGACAAAGUUGAUGGAGGUCAAGGACAUGGCAACAAAGUUAAACAAGAGAUUCUGGUUGCUAAGUGUCAUCUGUUUCAUAUCAUACUACUGCAUGUUUGGUUUGGCCAUCAUUGGAACGGACCUGCUCGAGUUCAAAUUUGGCUUUGACGAGACUACGGCCGCCCGAAUCAUGUCCGCCGAGGCCAUCAUCAAUGGAUUCGUUCCGAUGCUCACGGGCUACUUCAUCCAGCGCGUGCGCGGCAGGAAGAUCCAGGUGAUGAUGUUUGCCUGCACUCUGCUGGGCAUUGGAAUCACGCUACUUAAUGUCACCGAUGUGUUCCCAUUGCCAUGGAUCAUCAUCAUUGGACUGGGCUUCGCCCUGCUCAACACCACUCUUAUGUCGUGUGUGCCACUGUUAGUGGACAUCUCAAUCGUGGGCACAGCCUACGGUAUCAUCUGUACCAGCUACAACCUGAACAUCUUCCUGUUCCCACCCCUGCUUGGAUUGAUCAAGCGUCGAACCAACAGUUAUACUCUUCCUUUGUGGUUCCUAGUACUCUGCGCAGUGCUCUCCUUUGUGUUAUUGAUCAUUCUCAAGUAUAUGGAUAUGCAAGAGCCUCUUAGCAAGUCAUUGGAUUCGCCAUACUCUACGGCUGGCAUGGAUAAUCCAGCCGAGCAACUUGUGGACGAACCUGCUACCAAAGAGGAGAAUGAGAAUGAGCCCAACCUUGAUGACGAAGAGUUACUCGACUCGAGACACAACCAUGAAUCAUCAAUAAACGAUGCCAUAUUGCACUAG